CUUUGAAUAUCCCUGUCAUUUAAUAUCAUUCAUUAGGAUAUGAUUAAUUUGUAGACAGUUGAACGGUCUUUGGUUAUGCUAUAAGAUUGCCGGCUUUGUUAUGUUUGUAGGUUCAUAGUUCCCUUUCCUCCUCUAUUGCCAUGGCCAGCCCCCUUAGUUUGCAAACGUCCGACGGUGGUACAAGCAGUCAUAUGUUCCUUAGUGAACUCCGUGAAGGGAGCACCGGACCUAUCAUGAUAAUGGUUUGUAGAAAAUGGGACGUGAGAAGUGUUAACGGCAGGUACAUGAGCACCGACUAUAUUGUCACUGACAUAAAGAGAGGUGUGAUGCAUUGCACCGCAAGGAAUAACAUUGCCCACUAUUUCUUUGACAAACUCAAAGAGGGCGGUGUAUAUUUGGUCAACGGUUUCGCCGUGCAACCUACAAAUCAGUAUCGGGUUCUUAAAGACAGCCCCUUUGUGAUCGUAAGGAGGCUACAACAGUCGGAAACUUGA